AGCCGGCCGGUGCCAGGGCUCCGCGGCUGCUCGGCGGCUGCUCCCGGCGGCUGCCUUUGUUGCUCAGGCUUUUUCAGGAUCUUGUAGCUGGCAGCUCUCUUCAGAGUCACAAUUUGAUUUUUUUCUUUUUUUUUUUUUUUUCAAAUGCUGGCCAAACAAUAACAGCAGCAGGGAGAAAAGGCCUGGCAGUGAGGCGGAGGAAAUUGUGAGCUCUUUAAAACAUGGUACCAGGAGCAUAAAUAUUCUCAGCUGUUUUCGACUCCAAAACAGUUGUGCUAUUCAGCACAAGAGUAGUAAAACUCUCGGUGUUGGGAAAAAAGAAAAGGAAAGGAAACAGAAAAAGCACGGUGUUGCUUAGCUGAGCUACGGUCCAGCAAGCCAGGAAAGGUUUAGAGAAGUGUUCAAAUGCUCUCAACUUCAGGCAGGAGACAAGAGAGGGAAAUAAACCUAAACCGGAGACCUUUACUAGGGAAGCGGAUGAGAGUCGAUUGCCGCGUGCCCCACACAUCACAUGCUCGCGCGGCUGUGCCAGGCAGCCGUGCAACAGCCGUGGACAGGGGAGAUGUCUGGAGCUCUAGGAAAGCUUCGCUCAGUUCGAAACUUAGUUAAAAAAAUACUGUUCCGGUGGAAGGUCACAGUGGUCCUUUGAGUAUGAAACUGAAAGACCCCCUUCCCCCUUCCCUAUCACGUGAUUCAUUAAAUAAUUAAUGCAGAGGUUGCAGAAUAGAUAUGUAUUCGUCAGGAAAAUCGCAGACAUGGUCUCCUUGUGUCUGACGUGAAAUUCAACUGUCCUUUAAAAAACAAGCCUAUAGCUGAGGGGAAAAAAAAGAGAGAGAAAGAGAGGGGGAGAGAGAGAGAGAGAGAAAGGGGGAGAGGAGGAGAGAGGGAGAGAGGGAGAGGGAGAGGAGUCUGCAAUAAAACAAUUCUCAGGAACCACGAAGCCACGCCGAGGGCUGGAUUAUUGUCAGCUUCCAAUAGACAGCUGGAAACGGCCUGUCACGUGGCCUUGGGGUGCCAAUGUUCUGCCAUAGGGGUGUCAAGACCCUGGUAGCUGGAAAAAUCAUUUUGGGGAAUCCCAGAGAUGCAGAAGACAACAUACUACGACAGCUCCACGCUCUUUGGGGGCUACUCCUAUGGGAGCACCAACGGGUUCGGCUACGAGGGUCCGCAGCAGCCCUUCCAGCCAGGCUCUCAUGUGGAGAGCGACUAUCAGAGGUCUGCCUGCUCCCUCCAGUCCCUUGGCAACACAACCCCUCACGCAAAAAGUAAAGACCUGAAUGGGAGCUGCAUGCGUCCAAGUUUGCCCCAGGAGCACCAUCCACCUCCAACUGUCUCACCGCCCCCAAACCCUGCCACCAACAGCACCAGUAGCAACAGCAAUAACCAGUCAGGGAGCAGUAAAAGUGCCCCCAGCAAAGCCAACCUCAGUGCAAACGCCAGUCUCACCAAGCAGAUUUUCCCCUGGAUGAAAGAAUCGAGGCAAAACUCCAAACAGAAAAACACUUCCCCUAGCACAGCAGAAACCUGCAGUGGCGAGAAAAGCCCUCCAGGCUCCUCGGCCUCCAAGAGAGCCCGCACAGCCUACACCAGUGCUCAGCUGGUGGAGCUGGAGAAGGAAUUCCACUUCAACCGCUACCUGUGCAGGCCCCGCCGUGUGGAGAUGGCCAACCUGUUGAACCUCAGUGAGAGGCAGAUCAAGAUCUGGUUCCAGAACAGGAGGAUGAAGUAUAAGAAAGAUCAGAAGUCAAAAGGCAUGGGGUCUUCUUCUGGAGGGCCUUCUCCCACCAGCAGCCCGCCCCAGCCCAUGCAAUCCUCCGCCGGAUUUAUGAAUGCCUUGCACACCAUGAGCAGUAACUACGAUGCCCCCUCACCGCCUUCCUUCAAUAAGCCCCACCAAAAUGCCUAUGCCAUGCCAACUAACUACCAAAACCCCAUCAAAGGCUGCCCCUCCCAACAGAAGUACACCAACACAGCCCCUGAGUACGACCCCCACGUGUUACAAGGGAAUGGGGUGGCCUACGGGACUCCCAGUAUGCAGGGAAGUCCCGUCUAUGUUGGAGGUAACUAUGUGGAUUCUAUGCCCACCUCUGGCCCAUCCCUUUAUGGCCUCAAUCACCUGCCACAUCCCCAGGCAGCCAGCAUGGACUACAGCGGGCCUCCGCAGAUGCCUCCGAGCCAGCACCACGGACCGUGCGAGACCCACCCCACCUACACAGACCUUUCCACACACCACGCAUCUUCUCAGGGCAGAAUCCAGGAGGCGCCCAAGCUGACCCACCUGUGAUAGGGAGCAGGGACAGGCUCGAGCCGACUGGAUGGGACCCCGACAUGGGACAGAGAGGAGGGGAAGAGGGCAGGACUGGCUUCAGAAGCAUUUGUGUUGAGCUAUUUAUUGCUUUUCUUUCAUUGAUGGUUUUUUUCUUUCGUUCUUAGGUUUUUGUGCUUGCUGUUAUUAUUUCUGGGUUCCAUUAGGCACAAUUUCCAACCAUUUCAGUAUUUACUGCCAAAAGCAGCUUUCUCUCUGAAGAGACAUACCUCCUGUGGGUCAACACAAAUGCUUCUGAAGCUGUUUUUGGGUAGAUUUGUGGGAAUCUAGCAGAUUUUUUAGCAGCAACAUCCUUAAUUUUCAAACAAACUACAGAUUACCACUGGUAAUUCUUGGACAGUGGACAGCAGAAUAGUCAGCCAGCCAAAUCUUAAACAGUUGGUGUCUCUGCAUCUACAGAAACAUGCACACCUGUCUAUAUAGGCAAUCAAAAGAGAUUCCCAAGAAAACUACCCUCCUCUUCAACUUCUUCUCUAGAAAAACGUUGUGCUUUCCUUUCCAGCCUUCAGAGGAAGGGCAUCCUUUUUUGAUGAAUAACUUCCCACCAAUCCCCACAUAAACUGCAAAUAUACACACCUGCCAAUGUGUAGAAUUCACACUCUUCCCCUCUUACCCCACCUCCCCUCUCAAAAAUAAUUAAAAAAAUAGAAUAAGAAAGGUCUAAGAAUUGAAAAAGGUUCAGGAAACAAGUUUCUGAAAUGCCUAAAAGCCCAACCACACUAAUAGCAGCCCAAAGAGAGGAAGGAAGAGUUGACAGGUCUGAAUAUUUUUCCACCUUUGCCACUGAUGCUGUGAAGUUUCCAUUUUUCCAUUCGGUGACACCGUUGGUUGACUUUUUUUUUUUCUUUUCUUUUCUUUUUUUUUUUGGGGGGGGGAGCAGGGGGAUUUUCCUUAGGGUUUAUUAACAGAAAAGCAAUCUUAAGACUUAGAAGUCCUAUGCUUCUUUCCUCCUCUUUUCCUGACCUUAUGUGAAAACAGGGUAUAUUUGAACAAAUGGAAUGUCCUCCAAUCGAAGCAGAAGUGAAUGGAUCUCUAGUAUUUGCUAAUGCUUUCUUGUCUGGACAUCUUUGUUGCACUUAGAGUUUACAUAUAAUGGGUAUAAAAACAACUUUGAAGGGUGUCCGUCCAACUCAGUCGAGAUGUCCUUCAAUAGGUGUGUGUUCUGGUGAACAUUCAUAUAUAUUUAUUGGUUAUAGCCAGUUUAAAAUAUUUUCCUUUUUGUAUUAUUUAUCCCCAAUAUUAUGUAUUUAUAUGAGGAAAAAAAAAGAAUCAAAUUGUACUUUUUUAGUAUUUACUUGUUAUAAAGGACAUUGUGUUUCCUUGUCAUUGUACAACAAGCUUAUUUUAGUUAUUGUAAUUUAGAAGGACCAGUAGUUUUAUGUUACCUUCGUACUUAUGAAUAAUGUAAUUAGUUCUACUGGAGGCAUGAGAGCAGAACCAGCCUGUAAUUGUAUAGUCCCGGUUAGAAGAGCUAGAGCUGACCCCUCCCUCCCACCUCGCCCUCCUCUCCGGAGUUCUUUCUUUGUUCUUACAGUAGUUAUUUUAUUUCCUUGCUUAAGGGUUGUCUGUUGAACAAUUCUUGAAUAAACU